AUGGCGGAUAAGAAUAGAGGCGACCAGAGCUCGGUUCUUCACGGGAAGUACGAUCUAGGCCGUCUACUGGGUCAUGGAACCUUCGCUAAGGUCUACCAUGCCAAGAACCUACAGACCGGCAAGAGCGUGGCGAUGAAGGUUGUUGGGAAGGAAAAGGUGAUCAAGGUUGGAAUGACGGAACAGGUAAAGCGGGAGAUUUCGGUAAUGAAGAUAGUGAAGCAUCCCAACAUCGUCGAACUCCAUGAAGUCCUCGCCAGCAAGUCCAAGAUCUACUUCGCCAUGGAGCUCGUCCGAGGCGGUGAGCUUUUCUGCAAGGUCGCGAAGGGUCGGCUGAAGGAAGACGUUGCACGCGCUUACUUCCAGCAACUUAUCUCCGCCGUCGAUUUCUGUCACAGCCGUGGCGUAUAUCACCGGGAUCUGAAGCCUGAGAAUCUCCUACUCGACGAGGAAGGAAAUCUGAAGGUUACAGAUUUUGGGCUCAGCGCGUUCACCGAGCAUCUGAAACCGGAUGGCCUAUUGCAUACGACGUGCGGGACUCCGGCGUACGUCGCGCCGGAGGUUAUCGGGAAGAAAGGGUACGAUGGGGCAAAGGCGGAUCUCUGGUCAUGCGGCGUCAUUCUGUACGUGCUUCUUGCAGGUUUCUUACCAUUCCAGGACGACAACAUUGUAGCCAUGUAUAAGAAGAUUUACAGGGGAGAUUUUAAGUGUCCGCCUUGGUUCUCAUCCGAGGCUCGCCGACUAGUCACGAAGCUAUUGGACCCAAAUCCCAACACUCGGAUCACUAUAGCUAAGAUCAUGGAGACGUCCUGGUUCAAGAAAUCGUUGCCAAGGACGAUAAGAACGAAGGAAGAAAUGGAAUUCGAGAGCUUCGACGGAGAGGAGAAUGGCGCCAAGUGGAAGCAACCUGAGACACUUAACGCCUUCCACAUAAUAUCGUUGUCGGAAGGGUUCGAUCUGUCGCCGUUGUUCGAGGAGAAGAAGAGGGAAGAAAAGGAGGAGUUGAGGUUUGCGACGACGAGGCCGGCGAGCAGCGUGAUAUCGAGGCUGGAGGAGGUGGCGAGGGCGAUGAAGUUCAGCGUGAAGAAGAGCGAGUCGGUGGUGAAGUUGCAGGGGCAAGAGAGGGGAAGGAAAGGAAAGCUAGCGAUCGCAGCGGAAAUCUUCGCGGUGGCUCCGUCGUUCUUGGUGGUGGAAGUGAAAAAGGACGGAGGAGAUACUCUGGAGUACAACCAGUUCUGCAGGAAGGAGCUCCGGCCGGCUUUGAAGGACAUUGUCUGGACAUCUCCGGCGGAGAAUCCGACGCCUGCUUGA